GCAGUCUCUGGGAAAAAAAUAUUCUUCUGAAUCCCAGCUGCUUUCCAACACAGCUACAUAGCAGUGUAAACCUUCACAGCUAUAUUGAAAAAGCAGGACGGCACUUCUAAACUUGGGGUUACAGACAUUCCCCAUUUGGUUUUGCGGCAUUUCACGGCACCAAGUAGGAGUAGGGACUGAGAAUGGAUCUGUAAGGAUGGCAGUCGUUGGUGGGCACGUCAUGUUAGGUAUUGCGAAGAUUUUGCACAGAAGUUGUAUACCUUUCCCUGCAUCCUGUAUCAUUCACUUCCAAUUGCAUUCAAAUACCAGGAAUUCCUUUCUCAUCUAAAUAGCCUUUCCAAGCUACGGGAGACUUUUCCACUGAUUCAUCUCUGCAUUAGAGGCCGAUGAAGAAAAUAAGGAGAUAAACUUUGCAAUAAAAAAAAAUCUCCUAUAUACAUAUACUGAAGGGAGGGUGGCUGAGUCUGGUAAGAGGAUGGUUUGACACAGAGACCUGUAUGGACCAUGAAGGAACUGCUGCUUCGUAAUUAACAGGCUGAAGAGGAAACAUUUCCAGAAACGAUCCCUGAGAAAAGGACGAGGGAAUCGCAGGGAGAUAGAGGAUGGGGUUCCAACUGAUGAAACAGCUGAAAGGCAUGAGUUUAACGCUGCUCCUGCUGCCUGCUCUCGUGGUGGUGAUUGUUGUGGGGGCACAGAAAGCUUGUCCAAAGAACUGCCGAUGUGAUGGGAAAAUUGUGUACUGUGAGUCCCAUGCUUUCAGAGACAUACCCCAGAAUAUUUCAGGUGGCUCCCAGGGAUUGUCUCUGCGUUACAACAGUAUCCAAAAGUUGAAAUCAAACCAAUUCUCUGGCCUUAACCAGUUGCUCUGGCUUUACCUUGACCAUAACUACAUUAGCUUGGUGGAUGAGGAUGCUUUCCAGGGCAUCAGACGGCUAAAGGAACUCAUUCUCAGCUCUAACAAAAUCACCAACCUGGCCAAUGCCACUUUCCACCCAGUCCCAAAUCUGCGAAAUUUGGACCUUUCAUAUAACAAGCUGCAAACGCUCCAAUCUGAGCAGUUCAAGGGUCUUCGUAAGCUUAUAAGUUUACAUCUACGUUCCAACUCAUUGAAAACAGUGCCAGUUCGGGUUUUUCAGGACUGUCGAAACAUGGAAUUUUUAGAUGUUGGAUACAACCGGCUCAGGAGUUUGUCUCGCAAUGCCUUUGCUGGCCUCCUGAAGCUGAAGGAGCUCCAUCUGGAACACAAUCAGUUCUCAAAAGUGAACUUUGCUCACUUCCCACGUCUGUUCAAUCUGCAUUCUCUUUAUUUACAGUGGAAUAGGAUCAGGUCCAUCAGCCAAGGAUUAACUUGGACUUGGAGUGCUCUGCACAACCUUGAUUUGUCAGGAAAUGACAUACAGAACAUUGAGCCUGGGACAUUCCAAUGUCUCCCCAAUCUGCAGAAGCUCAACCUGGAUUCAAAUAAACUCACCAAUGUCACCCAGGAGACCAUAAAUGCUUGGAUAUCUCUGAGCUCUAUAACACUCUCUGGAAACAUGUGGGAAUGCAGCAAAACAAUAUGUCCUCUUGUCUUCUGGCUUAAGAACUUUAAGGGAAACAAGGAGAGCACCAUGAUCUGUGCUGGACCCAAGCACAUCCAAGGCGAGAAGGUCAUUGAUGCAGUGGAAACCUACAAUAUCUGCAAUGAAACCCCUGUGUUGGUGACUGAAAGAGCUUAUCAGACAACCAAAGCACCCCCAAAACCACAAUUUAUACCUAAACCAACAGUGUACAAGUUGGAGAGCGUUCCUCCAACUUCAUACAGUCCAAGCCCUUCUCCGGGUCUGCAAACUCCUAUGGCUGAGCAAGAAUAUGAGCAUGUUUCUUUCCAUAAAAUCAUAGCUGGGAGUGUGGCCCUCUUCCUGUCUGUGGCCAUGAUCCUAUUAGUCAUCUAUGUAUCGUGGAAACGUUAUCCAGCCAGCAUGAAGCAGCUGCAGCAAAACUCCAUGAUGAAGAGGAGGCGGAAAAAGGCCAGAGAGUCAGAAAGACAAAUAAACUCCCCGUUACAGGAGUAUUAUGUGGACUACAAACCUUCUAACACGGAACCCAUGGAUGUAUUGGUUAAUGGAUCAGGACCCUGUACAUAUACAAUCUCUGGCUCCCGGGAAUGUGAGAUUCCACGGCACAUCAAGACUCUACCAUAUUACACCUAUGAUCAGCCCAUGGUCGGAUAUUGCCAGACACACAAGACACUCCUUGUAAAUAAGGGCUACGAUGGGACAUCUCCGGAGAGAAGAGAGACAACAAAUCUAGAGCUUAGUAGGGACCAGAGCUAUAUCUCAACUAUAGCUCGCUCAGCAGCACCUGCCAUAUAUAUUGAGAGGAUACCAAACCAGUAACAUCAGGAGGCUUGUUUUUGGAUCGUGCGCCUUGGGAGCAGUGGACAGAGGACACAUACUGACUCCAGAUGGCGGGGAUUCCCUGUAGAUGUUUUGUUCUCUUGGAAUAACAAACAUAAAUAAAUAAAUAGCGCAAAACUAAAAACAUUGAGCACGGAACAGAUUUAUGGUCGCAGGGCCACCAAACUUAACAGGAUGGUUUAGAAACAGCAAGGGGUAUAUUUUUGGCUUUAAAGGAUUAUCUAAACCCCACCGGUGUAAAAAAAAUAAAAAAUAAAAAAAAGGUAAAUAAAGUAAAUAAAAUAAUAAAACUUAAAAAAAAAUCUAAAACUGGAUUCAUGUAAGGGAUUUCUUAGCCAGUUUUGGAUCCACUCCCGCUGCGUAUGGGAGUUAAUUCAGCUUGUACAUUUGGUUCCCUCUUUUUCUACACGUUGCAUGGUUCCAAUACAGAUGAACCAAAAGGGGUAGACUGUGGGUAUUUUGGGGAUAGGGAAUGCUUCUUGUUUCAUGUUGAAUAACCCAGUGGAUCUCUUUCGACUGUGUUUAUUUCCUGUUUUCCUGUUAGAAAGGUUUGCUUUUUAUCAGACUGCCAGCCACAGGGGACAGUGUUCGGGAGAGGCCAACCUCAAUCAGAGUCACUCCCGUGGUCUAGAAUCAAGACAGAGCAGGCUGUGGGAAGCCAUCGUCUGGCCCUUUCACACGCAUACAAGGAUUAUCAUUCCCACAUUGAUUUAUUUCGAUUUUAUUGACGGUUUCAAAUCACAAAAGAGUAUCAAAUUGUUUUGUUUUUGUUUUUUUAAAAAACAACUUAUGAUCAGUUAUAGCUUUUGUGUAGUUUUUACCAAUAAAAAAGUCUGAAAAACA